AUGAGCUAGCUUGAUUAAAUUCUUGAAGAAGCUGUUAAAAAAAAUGAAAAUAAUAAAAGAGAAGUCAAAAAUCCUUUGACUAAAGAAAUGAUUCAAUAUCAAAAAGUUCUAGAAAGCCAGUAGCUUAAGAGCUAAAUUAACUAGUAACAUGCAAAAAAAGAAGUAAAGAAAGAAUAUAUCGUUAUAGAUGAGGAUUCUACAGAUAUUUAUCAAUAAAAUAAAAUAUAAAACACAUAAAAUGGAUCUUAAAAAGUAAAAUAUGUUGAUAUUUUAAAAUAAAGAUAAGAGGAAAUAAAUAAAAUACCUAAAGACCUUUUUAAGUCAAAAAUUGUUAUCUUUUUUAUGAGGAAUUUCGAUUUAAGUGAAAAAAGAGUUAAAAUUUUUGCGGAAUAAAUCAAAAAUAAUUAAGGGGAGGUUUAUUUUUCUAUUUAAGAAUAUUUUGAAAAAUUUCUUACAUUUUACGAUCUUAUACAAGAAAAAAAUAAACACAUUUUAUUCAUCUGUCCAGAUAACAUAAAAAUUGAUGAGCUGAGAAAAUAGCUAUCAUAAUACAGUUUAGAUUUAGACGUUGUAAUAAAUAAAGUGGUUAUUUCAGAAUAUCUUGUUGAAGUUCUCAAAUAAAAAAAAUAUAUUAAUCCUGAACCCUAUUACUUCUCUUAUAUAAAUUAGCUUGCAGCCUAAAAUAAUUUAUUCCAUGUAGGAUAGUAAGAGGAAAUCAAUAAAGAAAAAUAAUAAAUUAAAAAUAUGAAUAUUUCACAAUCUUAGUAGAUUAUAGAUGAAAACAGUAAAUAACUCUCUAAUUCAAAAGUGAGCAGCGAUGAAGAUUCAAUUUAGGAAAAUAGUUUAGAUUUAGAAUGCCUUACUAACAUUUCUCGUGAUAUUUUAAGACAGAGAAAAAUGAAGUAAGAUACAAGUAGAUAAAAAGCUGCUAAAAAAACUCGAUACCUUUGGGAUUAUAAUUAUGAUAGUGAAUAAGAGUAACAAAUAAGUGAAGAUGAUUUAGAGAAAUCAUAAAAUUCUGACAAAUUUGUUUCUUUUGAUUCUUCAUUUGAACAAAAAAAGGCAGAAUAUGCUGAUUAAUCUAUCACACCUAUAAAGUUAGAUAAUUAACUAUUUUUAAGUAAAGUAACAGAAAAUGAAGAAAUUAGUGGUUAAAAAAUUAAUUAUUUAACUUCGUUUAAAAAACUGAAAAGAAGUCCUCAACUAGAUAAUAAAAACUCAUAAGAUUAGUUUUUAUUUAAAAUCAGUAAAAGUACUAUAAAAAAAGAAUAAGAUUUGAUCUAAUAAAAUUAAACUUCGCCUUCUAAAACUGGAUUUAAAAAUAAAAACUAACUUGAUUAUUUUGAAGUGGACUCUGAUUAGGAGAUUCAAAUAAAAGAUGAAUAAAAAUACUUGGAUUAUUUGGAUGAAGAUGAUGAAGAUUUUUCUAAAAUAGAUUAAAGAUUUAUCACGGAACUUCCUAAUUUAAAAGUUGAAGCAAAAUUUAAAAAUGAUCAAUAGCUUAAAAGUUUGAAGAAAAAAGAUAAAAUCAUAGAAAUUAUUUCACUUGAUAGUGAUGAAGAUGAAAAAGAAACUAAUUUGGGUUAGUAAAUUAAUGAUUAAGAAUAGCCAAAAUUUGUUUCUUAGCCAAAUAUAGGUAAUCCAUUCAAACCAUUUAGCGGAUAAAUAAGAAGAGAAAGGUAUUGGGAUGAAAGAAAAGAUCAUUUUAUUUGUGCCACUGGAGCACCGAAAGAAAAUUUUAACAAAUUAAUUACGGAAGAAUUAGAAAAGCUUCUAAAAAUCUACUAAUAAGAGAAAGAUAUCGGGAGGUCAAUUGCAUAUAGAAAAGCAGUGGGUAUUAUCAAAUCAUUAGAUUUUCAAAUAAAAUCAGUUAAAGAUGUGUAAAAAAUAAAUGGACUUGGUGAAAAAACAAAAGAAAAAAUAAAAGAAAUCUUAGAAACAGGUCAAUGUCAAAGAGCUUAAAUUUUAACUUAAAGUGAAAGAAAUUAAGCUAUUGAGUUACUUUCGUAAGUAUGGGGUAUAGGACCUUCAACAGCUUCUCAACUAUAUGAAAGGAAUAUAAAAACUAUAGCUGAACUAAGAUAAAAUUAGCAUCUCUUAAAUAAAAAUUAAAAAAUUGGUUUGUAAUAUUUUGAAGAUUUGGUAGAAAGAAUGCCAAGAGAAGAAGCUACUUUAAUAGUAAAUGAAGUCAUAAAAGGAUUUAAAGAGUUAUAUCCUGAAGAACACGAUAGGUAUGAUAUUAUAGCCUGUGGUUCUUAUAGAAGAGGUAAAGAAACGUGUGGUGAUGUAGAUAUUUUAAUUUGUAGAAAAGAUGGGGAGGAAAAUAAACCUAAAAAAUUAAUGAUAAAUUUGAUUUGUAAAUUAGAAUAAGAUGGGUUGUUGAUUGAGCAUUUGUAAUUCCCAAGACCAAAUUAGUAUGGGAGUGAAACUUAUAUGGGAAUUGGAAAAUUAAAAGACGGAAAACAUAGACGUAUUGAUCUAAAAUAUUAUCCUAAGGACCUUUACGGUUAUGCCCUUUUAUAUUUUACAGGGAGUGAUUAUUUUAACAGAAGUAUGAGAUUGUUUGCAAGGAAAAAAGGCUAUUCUCUUUCUGAUCAUGGCCUUUAUGCAGUUAAUAGAAUAGACAACAAAACAAAAAUAACUUCCUCAUUAGCUAUUCCUUGUUAUACUGAGGAGGAAGUCUUUGCAGCACUAAAUUUAGAGUACAAACCACCUUAUAUGAGAAGUGUAUGA